UAAUGUAGAUGACACACGGACGGGGUUAUGCCUGGGGCUCAGGCAUAGCCUUCAAAUAACCAUUAUGUAACAGCGAUCACAUCGCUGGCGACUAGAGGAAACAGCGGUUGUGUGGAAACUUUGCUCUCUCGUCUCGUGAACUGCGCGUCCGUGCCGCUCUCACUAUGAGUUCGCGUUGCAAUGUUUCUUGUUUGCAAGAAGCCAAACGAGUGGCUAUUUUUGGAGGCACACAUGGAAAUGAGAUGUCAGGCAUAAUGCUGGUAAAUAUGUGGAUAAAGAAUGCAGCCGAGAUAGAAAGAAAUGGAUUGGUGACCAAGCCGUUUAUAAGCAAUCCCAGAGCAGUGGAGAAAUGUACCAGAUACAUCGACACGGAUCUGAACAGAGCCUUCACGCCGGAGAAUCUCAGUGCUCCUGAUUUAGAAGGGCUGCAAUAUGAAGUCCAGAUGGCCAAGAAAAUCAAUCAAAUGUUUGGGCCCAAAGGAAGCCCAGAUGCAUAUGAUGUCAUCUUUGACCUUCACAACACCACCUCAAACAUGGGCUCCACCCUCAUUCUGGAAAGCUCAACAGAUCUCUUUAACCUUCAGAUGGUGAAUUACAUCAAAAAAGCCAUGGCUCCCCACACCUGUCCAGUACUGUUAAACGAACACCCACAGCUUAAGUAUUCAACUACACGUUCUGUGGCCAAACACCCCAUUGGUCUUGAGGUGGGCCCGCAGCCACAGGGAGUUUUGAGGAGUAAUGUCUUUGAGUCCAUGAGAACAAUACUGAAGCAUGCACUGGACUUCAUUGAGCUCUUCAAUAGCGGUGUUGAGUUUCCCCCAUGUACUGUGGAAGUGUUCAGAGCCCAUGAGAGGAUGGACUACCCCAGAGACACCAAUGGCAACAUCACAGCAAUGGUGCAUCCUCAUCUACAGGAUUGCGACUGGGAGCCUUUGAACCGGGGUGACCCGAUGUUCCUAACUUUCGAUGGGAGAACAAUCUUUUAUGAAGGUGCCAGCACUGUUUACCCCACGUUUAUUAAUGAGGCUGCCUAUUACGAGAAACAGCAGGCAUUCAUGACCACCUGUAGGGAAAUACUAGCUGCUAAUGCGAUCAGAAAAACAGUCAAGUAACAAAGUUAAUACAUUUUCUAUUAAUAUUUACUUAAUCCCACAAAGUACUUUUAAAUGCAAAUGUUAGUUUUUCACUUUUAUUGUGAGUACAAUUGAUGAGAACAUGACCAUUUCAACAGUUACAGACUUAAAAUAUCUCUGUUUGUUUUUAAGAUUUGUAUUUUCUGACAUUUUUAGAAUAACUUCAAACAGAUUUGUUGUUUUGUACUGAAAUAUGUUUCAUGAAAUCAAAACAUACUCCAUUAUAUGUAAUGAAGAAUUUAAAUUCUUAUACUUUUUAAAAAUUAUAUAGGCCUACCUCUUUUACCUGCACAAUUCAGAUCUCUCCUGAUGUAGACUAUGUAAAAUAUACAUCUCAGGAACAGUCUUCACUGCCCUCUAGCCAGUGAUUCAACACACUGUUGACUCAAAUACUGACUUGAAACAGCCUUAAAAACAAAAUAACCUCUCAGCACUGUGUUUCUACUUCAUGAAGAUUGACUCAUCUGUCUAAACUCUCUGUGUUUUGUGCUGUUUGUGAUGCAAAAGUCUAUUGUAGUUGAGACGUUUUUGAAAAUUGGACCUGAUUUUACAUUUCGGUUGCCUUAAUAAAAUGACAUAAGAUGUGUGUAACAUAGGAAUAUACAAUAAAGUACAGUAGGAAUGGUUUAAACAAUAGACGUGUUUAUUUUAUACAGCAUUACAUGGUGCAGACUUUAUAGAUUGUUGUAUAUGUUUUUAAAAGCUCAGCAGGCACUGAAAGGCUUUUUCUGAUGGAAUUUUGAUCUUAUUUGAGAGAAAAUGUAUGUAUCUGUGGUUUUGUAUUGUGAUGUAUUUGACUUGUGUAAAUUGUUGAAAGGCCUACUAGAGUGUAUUAUAUUUUGAAAUAGUGAUUUUUUUUUUUUUUUUUUUAACAAAAUAA